AUGGCUGGUUCGAAUCCUGUGGAUCACCGACGCAAAUGGGAUCGUGCCUAUUUCGAAAAGCUUGCUGAAGACCGAUUGAGCAAUGAACUGGAAGCUCUUAGGAAUGCAAGAAAAGAGAAAGAAACAAUUAAAAAAGAAUAUCUUCGUGCUCGGGACUAUACAAUUGAUUUGGAAUCCAAUUUAAACAAAUCACAAGUGAUAGCAAAAACCGGCCCUGGCUCCUCCCAGGCCGGUUAUUACUGCGAAGUUUGCGACUGUGUUGUGAAAGAUUCCAUCAACUAUUUGGAUCACAUCAACGGUAAAAAACAUCAAAGAAAUAUGGGUAUGUCAAUGAGAAUUAAACGUUCCACUUUGGAGGAUGUGAAAGACCGUUUUGCAUUGCAUAAAUGUAAAAGUGAACAAAAAGCUGAAGAAUAUAGUUUGGAUGAAAGAAUGAAACAAAUUGCCGAAGAAGAGGAAAAACUGCGUGCCUAUCGUAACGAAAAACGAAGGGAGAAAAAGAGGAAAGCGGACAAUACUCUCAUCGAUACCGAGGUUGCCUCAGCCAUGGGAUUCGGUGGCUUCGGAAAAAGACAGAAAUAA